AUGACAGAGUACGUUCGGAUGCGCGCGAUGACAUUACAGGUUAAGGUAGCGAGUAAUGGAUACGAUGAAGUUGAUUAUUUUUCUCAUCAAGACGAUAUUUCCUCUACGGCUGUAGCGAAAACUCCGAGACCCGGCACUUCAUUUAAUAAGCAAAACGAUAAAUUCCAACGUACUCCUGUGAACAAAAGAGUAUGCACGACAGCUGUGACAAGAAUUGGAGUUGGCGCCUUCACUGCACGGGCACAAAGCGCAAAGACAGCGUUGCGCACUGGCUCGCGUGCUUCGCGUGCCGCCACAAGCCUCGUCGGGGGCCCUGCUUUGAAUGCCCCCGUAUCCCUUAGGUUCUUUUCAAAAGAGGAGAAAACAUUUUUUCCAGCGGCGAAAUCGUUGUUCGAAUACGUUUUUUAUUGUGAAGAAGACAUUCGCAAGGCGAGAAUUAAUGAUCAGAUGGGCAACUCCGCCCUCGCAGUGAAAGAUUAUAGAAUGGUCGCUAUUCAAGAUCCAUCAAAUAUGGAAGCUGUAGCAAAUAUUGCCAUGUAUAACUUUUACAACGAUCAACCUGAAAUUGCCAUGCGUUAUUACAGGCUCUCUACUUUUCAACAGAUCCAAUAUCGAAAGCCGAUAUUUGGUUCAACCUUGCGCAUGUGGCAUUGUCUUCUGGUGACA